AUGAAUUCUUAUCUUGGUAGUUCAUCUUAUUUGUCAUCGUCUUCUUCUUCUUCGGAUGAUGACUAUUAUAAUGAUAUAGAAACGCAAGUGGUAGGUCAAAUUACCACUAACAACAAUUUCUUCUUUGCUCAACACCAAAACAACCAAGGCUCACGUCGGGGCUCAAUUCCUGGUCAUAUAGUUAUCAACCGUGACCGGAAAAAUGUUGAUCGUAACCUCUUCAACGAAUAUUUUGCAGAGAAUCCUCGGUUUAACGAGUCAAUGUUUCGCCGAAGAUUUCGAAUGGGUCGUGCUUUAUUCCUUCGUAUUUUUUAUGCUAUACAAGGCCAUGACAAUUACUUCGUCCAGCGAAAGGAUGGAAUCGAUAUACUUGGGCUAUUGAGUUUGCAAAAAGUAACAGAUGUAUUUCAAAUGUUGGCAUACGGUGUAGCGGCAGAUGCUAUUGAUGAAUACACCAAAAUAGGAGAAUCUACUGCUUUAGAAAGUUUGAAGUGA